GAAAGUCCCCGGUUCUAUCGAGGUACAUUUCUUUCACAAACUGAACCCGAGCAAGUUUCAUUGCCUUUUAAGUCAUUUGGGUAGUGACCGUUUUUUCUAUUUAAUCUCUGUGUUUUUCAAGUUAUUCGAAUUAGAUCAGGUAAUGGGGAUUUUGAUUUAAAGAUUCUUUCUUUUCUUUUUCCUUGGCAAGGAAAGGAAACUAAGAAAGAAAUGAAAUUUGAACUUCUAAGCGGCAAGUGUUGGCUAUAUGGAGUAAUAUUCGUGUUCUCUUAAGACCCAAAUGGGAAAAGUUUUACCUUUUCAUAUUUUCUUGUCAACCAAAUAGAGCUGUGAAUCUGACUAACUUGUCUGAUUUUAUGCCUCCUGUUUGCUUUCUUGGACCCUUUUAGAAGCGGAUCUGGGCAGAAUUUAGGGAAGAAAUCAAAUUGGAGGGAAUUAAGUUGAAGCUAAUCUGUGGAAUUUGAUUUGUGGGAGUGAAUCUUGGGGAUAUAGAAACAGAAAGGUAGAUCUAAACUAUACUUGGGAGCUAUGUCUUUUAUUGGUACCCAGCAAAAAUGCAAGGCUUGUGAGAAGAUAGUUUAUCCGGUGGAACUUCUAUCAGCAGAUGGGAUUUCAUAUCAUAAGUCUUGUUUCAAGUGCUCUCACUGCAAAGGGACCUUAAAGCUGAGCAAUUAUUCCUCGAUGGAGGGUGUUCUGUAUUGCAAGCCUCACUAUGAGCAACUCUUCAAGGAGACUGGUAGUUUCAACAAGAAUUUUCAAUCACCUGCAAAGCCAGCUGAGAAGUUAACUCCUGAACUGACAAGGUCGCCUGGAAAAGCUGCCAGCAUGUUUUCUGGGACACAAGACAAAUGUGCUACUUGUGGGAAAACUGCUUAUCCACUUGAGAAGGUUACGGUGGAGGGGCAGUCAUAUCACAAAUCUUGUUUCAAGUGCUCUCAUGGUGGAUGCUCAAUAAGCCCAUCAAAUUACGCAGCUCUUGAGGGCAUUUUGUAUUGCAAACACCAUUUCUCCCAGCUUUUCAGGGAGAAAGGAAGCUACAAUCAUCUUAUCAAGUCUGCAUCCAUGAAACAAGCAGCAGCCUCCGUUCCAGAUGCUUGAAUACCUUAUCACUAUCUAUUUGUGUGCUCCUUUUCUCUGCUUUCCUGGCGUGUUUUCCCAUGGGUCCUCUAAUUCUUACCUAGAAACCUCAAAGAACCAGGUUCCUCGGUGCUUGUCUGUUUUUCUUCUGCUUAUUCAUGUUGGUCAUAACUCACUGUCUUUGAUUGAUCUUCUGGAUGUGCUUUUCCAUUGUUGUAGCGGUUUUAUGCAGAAGGUGAUGUUUCUACUGGUUUCUGAUAUUUUCUCGCCACAAACAUAUUAUGUAAGAUUGCCCCCAAAAUGACAAUACAAUUUCCUGGGUGUUCUUACAUUUCUUACUAAUCAACUUCGUCACAUUCAUCUUGUACGCGAACGAGAGCAUUAUUGC